CAUCGGCAUGUCGUAAGUUCGCAACUCCUGAACACCCUUUUGCUCGUGGGCCAGUCCUCGUGUCGAAAAAUGGCGUGGGCAUCCCUAGAGCCCAACUGGUUUACCGACGCGCCUCAGCUCGCUAACAAUGUUAAACCUAUUACUAUGGUAAGCAAUCAACAAUACAACCUGGCCUCACGCGUGCACGCGACGCUACCGGCGCUACCGGUCUCCAGUCCGUACAAUUUUUUGCUUGGGCUCUCGCGGCACAUACCAAGUAGUUACUGUCUUAUUCAUCACGCACAGCCCUUCUAGACUGGUUGUCUGUUUAUCAAAGCCUGUAUUGGCGCAGAGACAUAGACAAGAUAUCGCCAAGAAUCGAACCCUUGCGGUUGUGGGGAAGCCUUUUAUUGUCGCCCGGAUUUCUCAGGUGCCUUAUAUUUAAAAGGCUUCAGAGCCAGCAGCUGCCGCAGCGCGCGGUCGCUUUGCCACGGCAAUUCCGCGACAGACAGUAGCAAGCCAAACUUUGCCGUUGCCCAGAAGGUGACGGCUGCCGCUGGGCAGUAAAUAAGUUACUGGGUGCUACUCAAGCGCUAGCUUAGGACUUCCGACGGCGGGGUCAUGUGCUGUUGAGGCCUGCCGUCGACGAGCCUUCACCCACGCACGGAUGGCCGACGCCAUGGACUCCCUAACGCGCCUCGCGUACACAGCCCACGUGCUCUCUCGCAAGGGCUCCGUGGCUCCAAACCAGCAGCCGCAACCGCACUUCUCGCAGUCAUACCAGCAACAGCUGUAUGCUAGCGCCAACGCGGACAUGUCGGGGGAGGAGCACAACAUGCUGGGCGACGAAAGCGAGGGGGAGGAUGAGCCCAUGCAGAUUCGCGCCGGUUUCCGUGGCGACAUACCCGGAUCCCCACACGCCGCCUUCCUGGCCGGUCGCUCACUGGCGCUGCCACGCAUCGACAUGCUGGCAGAGCGCCCGGGCGCCCAUAGCGCUGGCUCGGGGGGUAGCGCCGGCAUCGGCGGUGCGGCCCGCAGCCCGGGCUCCCCACUGCCAGGCUCACCGCGCUUCUUCAGCGGCACCGCCGGCCCCAUACACAUGACUCAGACACCUCCAAGCAGCAGUGGCGGGGCUGCGGACUGGGCCCGCCAGCGCAAUGCCAGCCCCGCCACCGACGGCGGCGGCGCCGACCUGUCAUACGGUGGCGGCGCGUCGGCGGGCAAGCGCGGCGGCAGCAGCCGCCGCCCCGUGCAAUUCUGGGCGCAAUUCAACGACUGGUGGCGGACCGAGCUGGAGCGCACUGGCAAGCGCCCCGGCGGCGAGGUGGUGGCGGAGUGGUACAACGCCAACGCGGCGUCCUGCUGGGGUGAAGACGCGCCGACGCUGGAGGAGACGCGCACGCAUGCCAAGUGCCUGCGCUCCGUGGGCUCGAUCCGGGAAUACUUCCGCACCUACCGCGCCCGCAAGAAGGCCAAGACCAACGACGACGGCGGCGGCGGCUUAGUCGGCAACGGCGGCGGCGCUGGCGGCUUGGGCGGUGGCGGCAGCGGCCGCGCCGGUGCAACGGGGGGCGCCGGAGGCUUCGCCUCCAGCACCGCCACGGCGCAGCAGCAGCUGGCGGCGCUGUCGUCGCUGCUGCCGCAGCUGUCGCACCUGAGCGCACUGGGCCUGGCGGCGCCGCUGCAGCAGAUCGCGGCCGCCGCCGCCGUCGCGGCCGCCGCGGGCGCGGCCUUCCGCGCCGGCGGCGGCAGCCCCCUGCCCGCCAGCCACAACUCCGAGCACAGGCCGCAGCGCUCGCCGGCGCCGCUGCCGCUCGCCGGCCCGCCAGUCAUCACCACCGUCACGACAGGUAGCGGGGGCGGCGCGCCCGUCACCAGCGGCGGCCGCGGCAGUGGCAAUGGCAUGGGAACGGCCGCCCUAGGCAGCGGCGGCGGCGGUGGCUUCGGCAGGCCGCCUCGCGCUCCCAUAGUCACGACAACCUCUCGCGGCGGCACCGGUGACGGCGGCGGCAGCGCCGGCGGCAGCGCCCGCCACUCCUCUGACGGCGGCGGCGGCGGCUGCAUCUCCGGGCCGCCGCCGGCCUCGUCGUACAUGCAGCAGCUCCACGGCCUGCCGUGCCACCCUCCGCCGCUGGCUCUGCCGCCGCCUCCGCAGCUGCACGCCGCCGACCGCCUCGGGCCCAGCAGCGGCAGUGGCGCGGUCAAGCGCUUUGGAAGCGGCAGUGCUGACCCCGGGUCACUGCGCACGCACGAGUCGGCGCGCGAUGAGGCAUUCACCUUCCGCCUGGGCAGCGCCGCCCUGCCCAGCGGGGGCCUAGGCGCCCCGGAGGGCUGCGGCAACAACAUGCCAGCGUAUGGGCAUGUGAACAGCAACGGCAAGAACCCUCAUGGCGGCAGCGGUAUGCCACCCUUCUCCCAGGCGGCGGCGGGCGGUGCCGUCAGCCUGCCGCAACAGCUGCUUAGCUCGAACCCCUUUUCCGAUGGCGCGGCGGUUGUGCACAUUUCGCCCCGCGGCCCGUCCACUGGUGGCAAUGCCGCAGCCGCCGCCGCAGCAGCAGCUGCCGCCGGCAGCAGCUACUACCAUCCGCAGAUGCCGCCUGCCACCCAGCAGCAGCAGCAGCCUGACAGUGCCCAUUCCAAGUCGCACUCCCAGUCGCAAACCCAGCACACUUUCCCAUACCAGCCUGCCCCCGCCGCCGCAACGGCCUCCGGCAUGGCAGACCCCGCUGCCCGCCGCUCCGUGGUGUCUCCCUUCGCCAACGCCUCCGCCUUCAACCCUGCAAUGGCCGCUGCGGCCGCCGCCGGCCAGUCUUCAGGCGGCAGUGCGGCGCGCAGCCUCCCAGCGACGCCGCCGCGCCAGCGGCAGUCGCCGGCGCCCUCGCAGUGCAGCGGUCAGCACGAGCAGCCCCAGCGGCAGUACCGUCAACCUCAAUCGCACGAGCAGCCCCUGGCGGCGUCGGCCUCGCCUCGCGAGCAGUCCUCGCUGCCGCCGCUUCCUUCGCUGAGCCUGCAGGGCAUCGCGCCCCUGCUGGCUGCCGCCGCCGCCGCCGCCUCAAGGGCAUCUCCCGCUCCUCCCAAUGACACCGCCAAGACUGAGGCGCAGCAGGCGCAGCAGGACGCCCCCGCCGCCGAGACCGCUGCUGCGGCGCAGGCCGUUCUGGCAGCGGCGCCUCAGGCCCAGCUCCAGCCGCUAAGCGACUCCGCUCCUGCUACAGCUGACGCCGGCGGCAACGGCACUAGCACGGUGGUGCUGAGCCUGCGCAGCCUCAUGGCCCACGACGACGCCCGGCUGCCGGAGCUCCUGCGUGACAGCAGUCGCGAGCAGCUGCUGGGGCUGUUGGCCAAGGCGGUGGGCGCGGUGCGGCAGCGCAAGGCGCACGAGGAGCGCCUCAUGGACGAGCUGGGCGCGGUGCUGGAGCAGCAGGGCGCGCUGCAGGCGCAGCUGCAGGCGCAGCGCAUUGAGAAUGCGCGGCUGUACCGGGCCAUGAUGUCCAUGCGUGACGCGCGCAGCAGCGGUGGUGGCGGCCUGGCUCCCACAGCCGUCAUCGCGCCCGGUGGCCCAGCGGUUGGCGGCACGGCCGCGGCGGCGGUGGCGGCGGCGGCGGCGGCUCGUGGUGGUGAUGGUGGUGGGGCGGGCAUGGCGGCUGCGGGCUUCACUGCCAGUGCGACGUGCGGCGCGACGGCCUCGCCGCCAAACACGCCCGUGGCCUCAGCCGGGGAGGCGGGCGGCCAGCCGCAGCAGGCGCAGCGCUGCCACUCCACCGCGGACGCGGGCGCUGCUCAUGCUGCUGCUGCUGAGGAUGAUGGCGCGUUGCCGCCGCUGCGCCGCAUGGACCUUGGCUCGACCGCGGGCGCAGUCGUGGGUGCGUGCUUGGGCAGCGUGGGCGGUGCAGGCAGCGAGCGAAGUAUCCAUCGAGACGAGGCCGCUGGCGACUUUGGCAACCAGCAGCAGCAGCAGCAGCAGCAGCAGCAGCAGCAGCAGCAUCGCGACCGUUCGUCUGGUGGGGAACGUGGGGUUGCUGCAGGUGGCGCGAGUAGCGGGAUGGAUGCCGAGGCAGCGGCGGUGGCGCGCGUGGGCGCUGGCGUGGCAGCCGUGGACUCAACGGCAGCUGCUGCCCGGGAGAAGGGCGCUGUGUGCAGCGACGGCGGCAGCGGCACGAGCAGUGCAUUUUGAGGAAAGGCACGACCGCAGAGCUUGGCGGCAGGUGGUUUCGGACGGUUUCGACAGCCGGGGCAGGGCCGGGAGGGCGCUGUGUUAGGCAUUGCUUAUUUCGGAUUUUUCGGCGGAUUCUUUCAUUCAACACGCCGUAGCUGUAUGGGGCGAUUUAGGUCAGGCGUCUGGCAAAUAGCAGGGAGCCGAUUGUGCACCUGACAUUCUCCCGAGACUGCAUGCCGCAGCACAACUCCUGACAAACUUUCCGCUAGCCCAGGCGCCAUCUGCCGGUGCCCCCUUUGAUUGUUGCUUGGAGGAGGUUGCGAUACUGCCCUCCUUCGUCUCCUCUCAUUCUUAGCCAUAAGAGUCGUGUUAGUUUCACGACCGUAACUCGGUACGGUUCAUUGAUUGCACACCGCUGUGCACUUAUAGGUAAGGACAGUAAUGGAGACCAACAUGAGUAACUUAUUGUUGCCACGCCAAGCAUGGGGCUGCCUCGUUCAGCCUCGAUGCGGCAGAGGGGUGUCUGGAGACAAGAGGUGACGGCGCCGCGUAGGCAUUGACGUGGCAGCUUGUCAGCGAUAGAACGAGAUAUUGCCGUAGCAUUGUAACAAUUAUCCGCA